CGACAGUUGGCCGAUUUGACAUCGUAGUGGGCUUUCACUAGCUCCAUAGUAAAUUUGUGGAAUUUAAAGUGCAGUAUUUCGAUUUUUUACCUUAAAAAGAUGCUAAGAUUUGUGGCUUUGGGCCUCUUGGCCUUGGUUGGAAUAACCAUAGCUACUCCACACAAAACAGCCUUAUGUAGCCGGUACCUUCGAGGUACCUGUGUGAAGGACGGGUGUCCUAAUAGAGAGAUGUUUAAGGGUAACUGUAGCGAGGGGGAUGGUGAAUGCUGUACCGGAAUGGAAGAUUAUGAACCACAGAUUGACCCAGAAGCCAGAACCUCAGAUUACUGUGGUAGAAACAUGCCAACAGGUCGUAUUGUAGGUGGCACUUUAGUUCCUCAAUGCACGUGGCCAUUUUCUACAAUGGUGGCACUCAGACUAUUUUUUUCCAGUGAUAUUGGUGACCUAGGUAACACGACAUUCUGUGCCGGAAGUUUGAUUUAUAAAGAUUUGGUUGUUACCACAGCAAACUGUGUCAGACCGAUGCUAGAAUCUGACCAGAUAUUGAAGAGUGUACGAGUUGUAGUGGGAGAAUACGACAGUCUGAAAACUGAUAUUGACGAGGAAAGAAUCAAGAUACGAGCAAUCAAGGCUCAUCCAAACUAUGAAUCUGUUGGAUUAGGAAACAACGUUGCUUUGAUCAGAUUAGAAAAAGAAAUUAAAUACACCAACUGUAAAAUGCCAGCAUGUCUACCGAAUGAGGUCGAUCCGACUGAUAAAGGGUGUCAACAAGUCAAGAAAGACUGUUAUAUGGCUGGUCUCGGAACAGCUUAUGAAGAUGAAACCGUGCCUUACCCAAGACCAACUAAAGCCAAUGUGAACGUGUUUAAUGCUGCUACCAGUAAAACCAUCUUCAACUACCGACCCAGAUCGACCAACAUUGAACUUCCCGAGGGGUCAAUUAUAGUUGAACCCAUGACCACUGGGGUCAGAGCCUGUACUUUCGACUGGGGAGGUAUAGUUGUGUGCCCAAUCAAGGGUAAAAUGGAACUUACCGGUCUAAUCAGCUUCCAUAACUGCUUGGAACCCGGUACCACCCCCAUCAUAGCAGUUGAUAUAGUUCACUUUAAACCAUGGAUAGAGUCGUGCAUGACCGACUU